UGCUCCAAGUUCCUCCAUGAUUUUGCACCAGCACUAAACCAACCCAAGUCUUCUUUUCUUCUUCACACUUGUCCCACCAUGAAGGUUCUUUCACCAAGCUGCUAUGAUACCCCCAACAGGAGACUGGGUUCCUUAUCCUAGAGGACCUAACUACACCAGUGAACAAUGCCCCUUCAUAGUUCCACACAACAACUGCAUAAGAUCUGGAAGGUCAGAUAGACAGUUCAUGAAGUGGAGAUGGAGGCCAAAGGACUGCGAGCUGCCUUUAUUCGACGCAGUGCAGUUCCUACAGCUCGUUCGAGGGAAGUCUAUGGCAUUCAUUGGAGACUCCGUCGGAUGGAAUCAAGCACAGUCACUGCUCUGUCUCUUAAUGAGUGUGUCAUAUCCUGAGAACAGGUCUCAAAGCAACGCAACAAGCAGGGCAUACUCCACAAGAUGGUUCUACCCAGACCAUGCAUUCACACUGGCAUCAUUUUGGUCUCCCUUCUUGGUCAAAGCACGAGACUCGGACCCAAACGGGCCUUCCCUCGACAGCACCAUGAACCUAUACUUAGACCAGCCUAGUGAGGAAUGGGCCACCCAGAUCGAGGAUUUCGAUUUUGUGAUCAUCUCUGCUGGCCACUGGUUCUUUAGACCGCUUAUGUACUACAUUGAUGAGCAGUUGGUGAGUUGCCACAAGUGCAGAAACAAGACCGUUACUUCGGCCACACAUUACUAUGGAUACAGCAUGGCCUUCCGAACUGCCUUGAGCUACCUCCAAAGCCUGGAGAACUACAAGGGCAUCACAUUCCUGAGGACAUUUUCUCCCUCCCACUUUGAGAAUGGAGAAUGGAACUCUGGUGGAGAUUGUUUGAGGACAAGACCGUCGAGGAAUGGAGAAGCGAAGCUAGAAGGGUACACUUUAGAGUUUUACAAGGCACAAAUUAGGGAGCUGGAGAAGGCAAAGAGAGAAGGGAAGAGCAAAGGGUUGAAAUUUGAGCUGCUGGCUGCUACUGAAGCAAUGCUGCUGAGGCCAGAUGGGCACCCAAGUCGAUUUGGGUAUACAUCACAAGAAAAGAAUAUGACGGUGAAUGAUUGUGUUCAUUGGUGCUUGCCAGGGCCUAUUGACACAUGGAACGAGUUCUUGCUCUACAUCAUGAAGAAGGAAACUGUUAAACCUUUCUAAGGAAUGUUAACGAGGGAAUUUAAUGUAAUCCGAGAACAAGAAUAUACAUAGUAUAAUCACUUAAUCAGAUGCAUGACAACAGCAGGGAUACCAAUGUUCAAGACAACAGAUGAAUCACAACUUCUAUACUGAUGGUAUGGGAAAUAAUUAUGUACAAUGAAUACAAGGAAAAAGA